UUUUGCUUCCUUGCACCAACAAUGGAGGAUGGCUUCUUCAACACACCCCUGCUCCUCCUCUGCAUCACCCUUGCAGCCGCCCUGAUGUUCCUGCUCCGCCAUAGGCGGAAGGCACAGUUGCCUCCUGGCCCACCGGCCCUGCUCUUCCUGGCCAAGUUCUUGGCGCUCCGGCGGUCGAUCUUUGAUCUUAUCCCGCUCCUGCUAGAGCUCCAUGCACGCUAUGGCCCAGUCAUAUCCGUUCACCUCUUUCAGACGUUCGUCUUCAUCCGGGACCGCCACGUGGCCCAUCGCGUGCUCGUCCAGGCCGGCGCCACCUUCGCCGACCGGCCCCGGAAGUCGGACCCAGAGCUCCUAUUCUCCGCCGGCGGCCGUGACAUCACCUCGUCACCAUACGGCCCCUACUGGCGCCUUCUCCGCCGGAACCUCGUCGUCGGGUCUCUUAGCCCAGCACGAGUCCGAGAGUUCGCCUCGGCGAGAAGGUGGGCAUGUGAUGCCCUUGUCAGCAACCUCCUCCGUGCACAGAAAAGCGGUGGUGCGCUGGAGACAGAGCCGAAGGUUGUCGUCCCGGUAAGACCAUUCCUGCGGCGGGCCAUGUUCGAGCUGCUCGUGUACAUGUGCUUCGGCGUGCGGCUCCAGGACGAGGUGCUCGACGAGAUCGAGGAGCUCCAGAACUCUGCGCUGUGCUCCAUCACCGCCUUCCCGGUCUUCGCUUUGUUCCCGGCGAUCACCAAGAGGCUCUUCCGGAAGCGGUGGGCGGAGUACUUGGAGUUGCGCCGGAGGCUGGACGGGAUCUUCACCCCUCUCAUCUACUCCACCACGCGUGACGACACACGGUCGUGCUACGCCGACUCGCUGCAAGCGAUACGCGUGGCAGACGAAGGCGGCCGCCCGCUCACGGACAUGGAGAAGGUCAGCCUCUGUUGCGAGUUCCUGGAUGGAGGUACGGACACCACCGUCACCUUGCUGGAGUGGACCAUGGCCGAGCUAGCCAGCCGCCCCGACAUUCAGACCAAGGUCUACGAGGAGAUAAAGUCAUCUGCGGAGUUCAGUGACUGCGACCCGCUGGCGAUGCCAUACCUGAAGGCCGUCAUCCUUGAGAGCUUGCGGCUGCACCCGCCAAGCCACUUCGUCCUGCCGCACGGCACAAAGAACGAUGCCAUAAUCGAGGGUUACGAGGUGCCCAAGGGCGCACAGCUCAACUUCUUGGUGGCCGAGAUCGGCCGUGACCCCGCGGUCUGGACAGACGCGCUGGAGUUUCGGCCGGAGAGAUUCUUGGAUGGCGGCGAGGGCUGCAGCGUGGACAUCACGGGGAGCAGGGAGAUCAAGAUGAUGCCGUUCGGAGCUGGCCGUAGGAUGUGCCCCGCGUACUCCCUGGGCAUGCACCAUGCCGAGUACUUCCUAGCGAGGCUGGUGAGGGAGAUGGAGUGGCAGCCAGCGGUGGAGGGAGAGGCAGUGGACAUGACGGAGAAGUUGUACUUCACCACUGUGAUGAAGCAUCCCCUCCAUGUACGCAUCAUCGUCAGAAACUAAGUGGAGUCUGCGAACUGCUGAUGCAUUCCCACGACUGACUGAGAAACAAAAUGU